AUGGUGGAGGACUUUAUUGACACAACAAAAGGUGAAUGGAGGGGAGAAAUGGUGGUAGAAGAACUGGGAGAGAGUGAAGCAGACAUAGUUAAAACAAUUCCUAUUCAGCAACAAUUCCUAUUAAUAGACUGGGGCUAUACAAAAUCAAGAAUUUUCUCAGUUAAAAGCACAUACCACUUGGAGAUGAGGUUGAAGAAAAUGGCAAAAGGAGAACCCUCUAGAACAAACAAUGAGAAUGGUCUGUGGAAUGAAAUAUGGAAAUUAAACGUGCCUGCUAUUGUCAAAAAUUUUGUGUGGAAAGCAACCAACAACUGCUUACCUACAAAGGAGAACUUGUUGAAGAGGAAAGUAGUUGAGUUAGCCUUGUGCCCUAUUUGCAGUAGGGAAGUGGAGUCAGUCACUCAUUCACUUUGGAGUUGUGCAACCUCCUCAGACAUUUGGGCAGAAAGUGUAAGUCCAAUCAAAAAAUGGCCCAGUUACGAGUUGGACUUCUAUCCUCUUUGGGGAAGGUUAGUGAAAAACCUAAAUCAAGGAGAACUAGAGAAAGUGGCAGCCAUUAUGAGAAAAAUUUGGUUGAGAAGAAACAAGUUUGUCUUUGAAGAGGUUUUCUCCAACCCCUACAAAAUCAUAAGAACAGUCUUGGAUAAUUUAGAAGAGUACCAAAGGGCCGAGAAGGACCUUGUUUGUAACCUUAGUUCUGCAGUAUCAGGGAGAGCAGUGGUAAAAUGGAAGAGACCAAGCGAGGGAUGGUGA